AUGUAUCGACCAGAAGAGGCCCCUGUGUAUUUUGAUGGCCCACCGCCAGACUAUACGUCCAUGCUUACUAGGGUAAUGGAAGACCGAGCAACAGGCGACAUGCCGACACUGAUGUCGGUGAGCCUUUUGAAGGCGGAUAGUGAUGCAUGGUCUCUGGGCACUGACUAUGCUCGAUUGAUUCCGCAUGAACAACUGCCCGAUAUCAGUACAGAACGUCACUACGACGUUUCAAGGACUCGUAUUAUCUACAGGACUGAAGCCGAAGUUGAAAUACCUGAUUGCACUUGCCGAUUCCCUCAAGACAUAUACGUGAACACCAUCGAUGGCUCUACGAUACCGCGCCGUAUAGCGUCAGCUAGGGUUGUCGUCAGCCCAACGCUGAACCAUGCUGGUACGAAGGCAGCGUGGGUCGAGAUCAAAGGCAAGGAAAACUCCAGGAUCGUCGUAUACGACAUCGUCCAAGACAUCGAAUUUACGUUGAUAGAUGACAUGGACCUCACGUCUGCAUCCUUGGUGUUCUCGAAGGUGGACAACACUUUGUAUUUCAUCUCUGCAAACGACAUUCUAGUCUCCGUGUACUCCUUACUCAUCCCUCAAACGCCCCUUUCCGGACCCCUCGACUCUCCUGUCCCGAACCUGAUAACCGAGACUACCUCGCUAAGCAGAAUCCAAGCACUUCCAAAUGGCAACAUCCUAGCGACUCGACUAUCUUAUGCCUCCCCGAACGAAGUCAUAAUUAUCCACAAUCCACAAGGAGCAAAAGUAGUCGAACAAGUUUCGCAUCUUAACGAUGACACUGUUCAACGCACUAAUUUGACCGAGGGCGAGGCAUUUGAGAUCCCAGGGAUGGAAAAUGCCCAUGGAUGGCUACUUAAGCCAAAGGGUUGGAUUAAGAACGAUGGGAUCAAACGGCCUGUAGUCCUGAUUCAUUAUGAAGGCUCUGGUGCUUGGAGUGAGCAAUGGUUCAAGUUGUCGAACCCAAAUGUACUUGCUGCACAGGGAUUCUUUGUCGUGCUCAUGAACAGCAACUCUCCGGCCCACACGUCUCAUCAGGGAAUUUACACCUCACUUGCGCCCUUUUUCACUUUUCGGGGCCUGUGCAAGGGCAAAAGUGCGGAAGUUACGGGUCCUGUAAUGAAAUGA